GACACAACUGCAUUUCAGUCUCAGUUCUUUUCUGCCCACUGUGGAUUUCUCUCUGUUUAGAUAAUGAAUGAAAGCCUGGAAGGAGGUUACAGCUGGGAAUACAGAUUGAGCAGGUGUACAUCUGAUCUUUCUGCAGUGUGACUGCAUGCAGUUAGGCCGAUAAAGGCUGAACUUUGACUUUUGCACUCCUUAUAACUUUCAAUUUUUUUGUGUAUGAAUCUCGAGUGUUCUUCCUGGAUUACAGGACCGAUAAGGGACAGAUAAGGUGGUGUACUGUUCCCUGGGUGUCAACAAAGAGGGAAAGUGAUUAAAUUCUGCCAGCUGGGAGGGAAACAAAAGACCAGAGCAACAAAACUAAUUUGCCUUACUGACUUGCUUCGCUCUGCGGAGGUAGUCUUCGUUGAUCCCGAACCAUGACAGAAAGGAAAGAGAGUAAAAGAAGAAAGGAGUCGAGCGCUCACACUCCAGCCGAGAGGCGGACGCUGAGAGUGAAGAUGGUCCUGUUAGGGAGCAGUGGAGUGGGAAAAUCCAGUCUGGCCUUCCGUUUCUCCAAAGAGGAAUUCAGUUCCACAGUACCAACAGUGGGAUGUGCAUAUAUGACCCAUCUUGUGUGUUUGCAUGAUGCUACCCUUAGAUUUGAGAUAUGGGACACAGCAGGACAGGAGAAAUACCACAGUGUGACCCCUUUGUAUUACCGAGGGGCACAGGCUGCCCUGGUUGUGUAUGACAUCACCAAACGGGAGAGCUUUAUGCGUGCUCAGCUGUGGCUGAGGGAGCUUGAGAGACAGUACGUCCCUGGAGAAACAGUGGUGGCUCUGGUGGGAAAUAAAGGGGACCUUUCGGACCUACGUCAGGUGAUGCUGCAGGAAGGCCAGACCCUUGCGGAAAACAAAGGCCUGCUAUUCACGGAAACGUCUGCAAAGUCGGGAAGCAAAGUGAGCGAGCUUCUCAUGACCAUAGCCCAUAGGAUACGACAGAGCACAACACCUGAAAGCACCCUAGAGGAGUGGAAAGACUCCUGUGUGGAUUUGCACAGUCCGGAGACACAGCGCAAACAGGGAACCUGCUGCAUGGCUGAGCUGCACUGAGACAGGAUAGCUGACCUGUAUAGGAGUCAAGAAGCUGUUCUGAAAAGAAUCAAGCUACAGGCGUCUACCGGAAGACUGAAAAAUAACUGCCACAGAGCUCAGCUUUAUUUGACUUAAAGAACUGAAGAAAAAAGAAACUAUUCAAUCAUUGGGCAGCAUGGUGCCACAGUCGUGAGCUCUGGGGCCUUGGGCCAAAUUCCUGGGGUGUUUGUACAGUUUUUUCGCCCUUGUUCAUGUGGGUUUUUUUCCAGUAUAUCAGAACGCUUUCUGACUUCUCCAGUGCACUUGAAACGUCCAGAUUGUGGUCUUCCUAUGUUCUGUGAAGUUCAGAGCUGAGCACAACCACUGUCUGAUCUUCAGUAAUCCUCUGUUGUGACUGAGAUUUGUAAAUGUGUUGUAAAUCAUAGGGCUUUCUUCUUGUAUGACAUUUUUGUAAGGAUGAAAGACCUGCGCUGGAUCUUUUUUUAACUGUUUUUUUUUUUGCUUUUAAAAGAUGCCCACU